AUGAAUGGGAAGACCUUCAACCUCAUGGUCUCCCCCACCAGUGUGCCCCCAUCUGUGGGCAUGAUCACUGGACAGCAGGUGCCCCCCAUCAGGUUCUAUGAAGAUAUUAAGUUUGAGUCCAAAGGCAAGAGUGAGGAUUACUACCAAUGUAACUCUGUUUCCGGGCCUUGCUGUGGGAUGUUGGGGCGACAUGGACAUUCAAAUCUGAUGGUGACCAACAGACCCAUGGCUGUGCAGAGCAUCGGCUCUGUCUCCUCACAGUCUGUCAAAGCGAAUAUCCUAUCUCCUCAUGCCCCACACUGCCUCCCACACACAGCUGACUUUGCCGGGCCCUACACUGAUGCCAGGUCUCUACUUUCAAGAGAGUCCCUGGCUUCUACAACCCUCAGCCUUGCGGAGAGUCAGGCAGCAUGGAGCAGCAGGCAGGAGUGGCCCUUUGGAUAUUGUGUGCUGCCUCCCCUGCCUCCUCAGCAAGACUCCAUCCGAGGAAGUGAGGGGGUGGACUUGCUGAGCCUUCCUCCUGGAACCGCCAGGUCUGGAGCCACCACCACCUCUAACUCUGCUUCCCUGCCCUCUUUCCUAUUUGGGGGUGACACAGCCAGCUGCACACAGCUCCCAAGCCCUUGCCACUCGGCCCACUCCAAAAAAAGGGCACUUUCCGUGUCACCUUUAUCUGAUGGUAUGGGUAUUGAUUUCAACUCAGUUAUCCGCACAUCCCCGACAUCACUAGUAGCCUACAUUAAUGGCUCUUGCAACUCCCCAGCCUCAUACCCUGUGGUCUCACCUAUGCAGUCUGAAGUGUAUGGGCACUUCCUUGGUGUGAGGGGCAGCUGUAUCCCUCUGGCGAACCCUGGCCAUCUUAGUCCCUGCCCCCCCAGCUUGUCUGAGACCAUGCUGGUCCUACAUCCCUCCAGUGAGCACCAUCCUGAAACUGAGUGCUCCCGCAUGCAGCAUCUGGAACUGAAGGGGGCGCUGGAGAGCAGUGUACAGUUGGUCAACAUGGUGGUUCAGCGGCAGAGCAGGGCUCUGCCACCACUUGCAGAGUGCAGGCAUCCUGUUCUCAGUGGCUUGCCUCCAUCUUCACCACAUCAACUGGAGCUGGCCAUUGUCAGGACACCCACCCCUCCCCAUGACCCACUACCACCUUACCACUCCCACCAGUACUUACCAAGAUCUGAAAGUGACUUUCUGGGGCACUCCCAAAUGCAUUUACCCAGCCUGCCCCUACAUCCUUGCCACAGUUCCCUUCCCAUGCAUCCGUGCCCCAUACUGGAGGAGGAGGGGGAACCGGAAGAUCCCAGUAAAGGGCACUGCUGCCGCUGGGUGGACUGCAGUGCUACUUAUGACCAGCAAGAGGAGCUAGUUAGACAUAUUGAAAAGCUGCAUGUUGACCAGCGCAAGGGCGAUGACUUCACUUGUUUCUGGGCCGGGUGUCCACGCAAGUGCAAGCCUUUUAACGCCCGCUACAAGCUUCUUAUCCACAUGAGGGUCCACUCCGGUGAGAAGCCCAACAAGUGCACGGUUGAGGGAUGUCAGAAGGCUUUCUCUCGGCUGGAAAACCUAAAGAUCCAUCUUCGCAGCCACACAGGAGAGAAGCCCUAUCUGUGCCAGCACCCCAACUGCCACAAGGCUUUCAGUAAUUCCAGCGAUCGUGCCAAGCACCAGCGCACCCACCUUGAUACUAAACCAUAUGCGUGUCAGAUCCUGGGCUGUGCAAAGCGCUACACAGACCCCAGCUCUUUACGCAAGCAUGUAAAGGCACACUCCUCCAAAGAGCAACAGACCAGGAAGAAGUUGAGGUCCAGUUUAGAACUAGACCAGAAUGCACUGACUGACUGUCUGACCAUCCAGUCACUGCAGCCCAGCACUUCCCCUCCAGACACAGGGGGCAGCACAUUGGGCCAGUUAGGGCUUGUCCAUGGCAUGAAUUCAGGUGCAUUCACCAGCAACAGCGUCACAGCAGUUAACCACAGCGUCACAGCAGCCAUGCCAAGUGCUGUUACAUUGGGCCGCCCCUCCCCUGGUAGAAUGGUGCAGCUAAGCUCCCUUCUGCAGGAUAACAGCAGCCCUGGGACACACAGACUUUCUGCCCUGCCAACCCCUCACCUGCAGCACUGUUCAGAGUCACACGAAAAGACCUGUGUCCUUCGGCUGAUGGAGUCCAUCCUGCUGGUGGCCUUGGAUGCACAGCCUCUCACCAUCAAGGGUACUGAGGUGGAGUGGGCCGACAGUCACAAGUUUCUAGGCCUUCACAUGUCGAAAACCCUCUGCUGGGCCAUAAACACUGUGACAAUAGUGAAGAAAGCACAGCAGUGGCUUUACUUCAUCAGGCUGCUGAAGAAGGUCGGACUCAGAUGUCAGUCCCUCAUCCAGGCCUACAGAGCACUCAUUGAGAGCAUUCUCAACAGCGGCAUCACUGUGUGCUUUGGACACACUACCCAGGCUGAGAGGAGAUCUCUUCAACAAGUCAUCAAAACUGCAGAGAGAUUCAUUGGCUCUGACCUCCCCUCCAUGGACACACUCUACACACAGCGCU